GAGCGAUCUGGAGAAAGUCCAUCUACUGCUUCCCGGUCAUCCUGUCUCUCACUGUCUUCUGUCAGGUGCGUGGUGCAGUUAGAUAUCGUGGCCGUGGUUGGGAUAUCCGCCUUGGAGUGCGCAUCACCGCCCCGGAGAAACAAGGACCGACCGCCGACCGCCGGCCACCGCAUCGGCCAUCGGCCAUCGGCCAUCGUCGCAUCUCCAUCGGGAUAAGCCAACCCAGAUCAGAUCCUCUUCACUUUCACAUCCCCAGACGCUGACAGCUCUGUUCCGCUACCUCUCAACUCUCAACCGUCGAACUGAACUGUAACUGUCGAGCUGAGCUCCGGUGAUCACCACCCACCACCUCCUAACUCCUUCCGCUCAUCCCUCCGCAUCACUCUCCACACAGCAACCAGCAACCAUGCGAAUACCCUCCAGCCUCUCCUCUCUCCUCCUCCUCCUCUCAUCAACCCUUCUCCCCUCCGUCUCCGCCUCCGGCUUCGACUGCGAACACAUCAACGUCAACUCCGUCAAAUACGACCUCAGCGCCCUCGGCGGCGUGCACACCCUCUACGACGUCGAAGAAACAGACAAGUAUGUCGUCAACACGACCUACGUGCUCAACGUCUGCAACAUCCUCAAGGGGGCGUCCAUCCGCGGACAUUUGAAAUGCGGCACUUCGAAGAAUAUCUGCGGCUUCCGCUACAACACCUCCCUCACCAGCACCGAAGAAUUCAGCCGGGUAUUCCCGAUCGUCGGCCUGGAACACAUGGGCCACGGCUCCAAAGACCCCGAGAUCACGCGCCUCAAGACGCUGGAUUCCUCGCGCGACGGCCUCCUCGUCAAGCUCUGGGGCGGCGAAUACGACGUCAAUGGGAAGACGAAGGACGCCGGCGCGGCUAUCGAGUUCGAGUGCGAUCCCGACCGGACUGGGCUGGAGGGGCUGCGCACGUCCGAGGAUGCGAAGAGGCGGCGUGAUGAGGUGUCUUUGGGUGCUGCUGCCGGGGAUGGGGAUGCGGAUAUGGAGCGCAGUCUCCAGUUCAAGGGCUUCGGGCCGUCGGAUCAGGACGGUGAUGAUUCUUAUCUUCUCAAGUUGAAUUGGCGGACGCGGUACGCGUGCGAGAAUGUCGAUGGCGUGCCUGGUGGUGGUGAUGGGGCUGAUCGUGAUGGUGAGAGUCAUUGGGGCUUCUUCACGUGGAUGAUUAUUCUCCUCUUCCUCGGCAUCGCCGCCUACCUCAUCUUCGGCUCGUGGCUCAACUACAGCCGCUACGGCGCCCGCGGCUGGGACCUCCUCCCUCACGGCGACACCCUGCGCGACGUGCCCUAUCUCUUCCAGGAUUGGUUGAAGCGCGUCGUGAACACCCUGCAGGGUACGGGGUCGAGGGGGGGAUAUAGUGCUGUUUAGAUGGUUUGGUCUUGUUUUGGGUCUUGUUGUUUCUGUAUUGGUGGUCUUUGGAUUUAGGGUUGACUAGCACUGGUAGCUGGUAUUGCUGGUAUGUUGCUGGGGGAUUAGAUUGCUGGGAACGCUGUUUGGUUUGGUUUGGGAGGGGUGGUAUGUAGUAUGUAGUAUGUAGUAUGUAUACAGGUUGGAUAAGAUGGGAUGGGAUAGGAUGGGAUUGAUAGGAUGGGAUCUCGCUCGAUGGCAUCGGAGAUAAAUCAUAUCAUAUCGUCUUUUUAUUAUCGG